ACUCUACAGAUUUAAGAGAGAGAGAGAGAGAGUUUUCUAUUGUUUAUUUUUUGUUGGGUUUCAAGGGAGAAAUGUGGGAUCUAAACGGGUUUCCUGAUCGGAGAAAAGCCCCGGAGGAAUCGGAGGGAUGUUCUUCACCUGUGGAAGGAGAGGAAGACGAUGAUAAUAAUAAUAAAAAUAAUAAGGGUAAAAGGGUUGGAUCCAUAUCCAAUUCCAGUUCCUCCGUCGUGGUUAUGGAGGAAGACGACGCCUCCGACGAGGACGAUUCCGAGAGGAUGACUUCAAGAAAACGGUUGUUUGGGUUCUCUAUGGACGGCGAUCCGCCGCCGGUAACCCAUCAGUUCUUCCCUAUCGAUGAUCCUCAAGUGGGUCCCACAACCUCCCUCGCCGUUGGUAUCUCCCCGGCCACGGCUUUCCCUGCGGCUCACUGGGUCGGUGUUCAAUUCUGCCACCAGUCUCCCGGUCCUAUUUCCGGCGCCACCGCCGCCAGCAGCGUCGGUGGGUUUCUCGGGAAAGCUGCCGUGCCGGAAGUUCCCCAGCCACUCAAGAAAAGCCGCCGUGGACCACGUUCCAGAAGUUCACAGUACCGUGGAGUCACCUUUUAUCGGCGAACCGGCCGGUGGGAAUCCCAUAUAUGGGAUUGUGGGAAGCAAGUUUAUCUCGGUGGAUUCGACACUGCACACGCAGCAGCACGUGCAUACGAUAGAGCAGCAAUCAAGUUCCGGGGAAUGGAAGCCGACAUUAACUUCAGUCUUGAUGAUUAUGAAGACGAUCUAAAACAGAUGAGCAAUCUAACAAAGGAAGAGUUUGUGCAUGUACUACGGAGACAAAGUACUGGAUUUCCAAGAGGGAGUUCCAAGUAUAGAGGUGUUACCUUGCACAAAUGUGGUAGAUGGGAAGCAAGAAUGGGCCAAUUCUUGGGCAAAAAGUAUGUGUAUCUGGGUCUCUUUGAUACAGAAGUUGAAGCAGCCAGGGCUUAUGACAAGGCUGCUAUUAAAUGUAAUGGGAAGGCUGCUGUUACCAAUUUUGAUUCAAGGAUAUAUGAGAAUGAACUCAAUUUGACUGAAUGCUCGAGUAAUAGCAAUAACGAUAACAAUGUAUCAUCGGGCCAUAAUCUUGAUUUGAGCUUAGGUGGGGGCUCGACAUCGAAUAUGGCGAACAGUGGAGGUGAAAAUGGCCAUUUUGUAAGGGCUCAUCGUUCUGACUCGAUCCAACUUGGGUUCAGACCUACCGGACAGAAUGAGAGAAAAACGUUACAGCUUUUGAGUCACACGGAUCCUGAACUGUUUACAAACCAAAAUGAGAUAAGCGGAUACAAACAUUUAAUGAGACCCGUUGACUCGUCUAUGCACCAUAUGUUCAACCCACCCGUCUUCAACUCAUUGAGUCGUCAUCAAAUGCAGUUUUCAAGCAGCAGAUCAGUGGAAGGAGGAGGAGGAAAUGAUCUAUCUGUAGCUUCAAGUGACAAUAACAAUAGCAAUAAUAAUGUUAAUGCAGAUGGUCCUUCUCUACACCAAAUCUAUGCAAAGAGUGCUGCAGCAUCAUCAGGAUUCCCACAGCAAAGAUUCAACAUUUGACCCCACCAUCAUCGGCCAUUGCUGCACACAGAUGCCUUCUUUCAAAUUCUUAUCACUUUCUCAUGAAUCAUCAUCUGCUCCCACAAAAAAUUCCACCAAAAAGAGGAGAGAAAAAUGGACCCUGCCUAAGGUUAAUUCCAUUGUUUUGUGUGUAAAAAUGAAUCAAGCAAAGAAAAUCAAUGAUGAUCAUCUUUUUGUGUUGUGUACGGGCUUGUAAAGAUCAAUGCUAGUAGCUUUAUAUGAGUUGUGAGGUUUAGCAUGGUCAAGAUUCAUGCGAUAUCAAUCAAAUUCAUGUACGAUUAUUGACUAAGGGGUUGUUUGGCAAUUGCU